AUGGAUAAUAUGUACGUUGAAUGCGAUACAUGGAUUGGGUGUUUACUCUGUCGUAUAUUGAGAUUACAAUGUAAUUUGCGAUAGUAUACUCUCUUCAGGAUGUCUUUUGUAAUGGUCUUAUCGUAAUCUUGUGUCGUAUUACACUGUAAACGGUUUAAAAACCAUUCAACCUUGAAUUAUUUCUCAUAUAUUUACCGUGCAACUCUUAUGUUUCCAAUAUUAUUGUAGAUUUUAUAAUUGUUUUUCGUGUUUAGUAUUUGCAGUCGAUGUAGAUGUCAACCCUUAGUUAUACUGUAACUUUCAGGCCCUUAACACAGUUAACAAAGCAAUAACCUCACAACUCGUGUUGUAAUCCUGGAUAUCGACGUGUACACAAGUAACGAACAGGCGGGCUUCUACGCUAACGCUUCUGCCCCGCCCCAGUUUUAUCCCCAGCAGAACUUCACCACCACGUUGGCGGCGCCCAUGCCCUUGUUCCAGCGACGUCAGCAACCAGGUUCAGCAGCUACACCGUCUUCAAUCCUCGCUACACCGGUCUUGGAGCAGACGACUUUGCCCACGACCUCGGGAGUCUCGCCCAUGAGCCCGAACGGAAUGAAUGGGAACAGCUCGACCUGCUCGUUGUAUGAUCAGUAUGAGAUCAGAGAAGUGCUCGGGACGGGCGCCUUCUCCAGAGUGAAUCUGGCAGAAUGUCGCUUUGAUCCUGGUCAUCUUGUGGCCGUCAAGUGUAUCGACAAGAAAGCGCUGAAGGGCAAGGAAGAGUCUCUGGAGAACGAGAUUAAGGUCCUCAGAAGGUAGGCUCUUACAAUAAGAUGGAUAUGAGCGCUAAUCAGAUUAACCGGCCAUGUCCUCACAAUAUGUUGUGGUAGUAUUUGCCGGCGUUUAAUCAUUUUUGUGGCUUUUGUAAUGUAUUAAUAUAUUGUAAUUGAAAGACUAAUUGUCGCUAAGUAAUCGUGGUGGGAUAAAAUAGGUUGCAGCAAUCUUUGUUCAAAACGUUUUACUAAUCUUGUGUAACGGUCUUUUUCACAAAUUAACUUUCAGGCUUCGGCAUCCGAACAUUGUCCAGUUGUACGACACCUUUGAAGAGAAGGGCUACGUCUAUCUUGUGAUGGAGCUUGUAACUGGUGGAGAGCUGUUCGACCGUAUCGUGGCUAAAGGAUCGUACACAGAAAGGGACGCUUCGAAUCUGAUACGCCAAGUUCUUGAAGCCGUAGCCUUCAUGCACGAUAAUGGAGUUGUUCAUCGUGAUUUGAAACCGGAGAAUCUGUUGUACUACAACAACGACGAGGAGUCCAAGAUCAUGAUCUCUGACUUUGGCCUUUCGAAGACCGAGGAAUCUGGGAUCAUGGCUACGGCUUGCGGAACUCCUGGCUACGUGGCUCCAGAAGUCCUGCAACAGAAACCGUACGGUAAAGCUGUAGAUGUGUGGUCGAUCGGAGUGAUCGCCUACAUCUUACUGUGUGGAUAUCCUCCGUUCUACGACGAGAACGACGCCAAUCUGUUCGCUCAGAUCAUAAAGGGCGAGUACGAGUUCGACUCACCGUACUGGGACGACAUCUCUGACAGUGCCAAAGACUUCAUCAGCCACCUGAUGUGUUGUGACCCGUCCAAGAGAUACAGCUGCGGCAAUGCUCUCGAACAUCCAUGGUAUGUUGUAUUAACAGUUUUAAAAAAUAUUUUUGGAAAGUGUGAAAAGUCUCGAAUGUUAUUAUAGUCAGCUAAAGCAUCAGCUUUCUGUUGGGAGCUGUUUUUGCAGACUGCGCAGAUAGUUUCCAUUUUUACACGAAAAUGAAAUGAUUUUUAUAACAAAUUUCAUGAUAAAAUGUAUUGAAUUACUCUACAACAGCUAAUAACAUUGUUUUAGGAUCAGUGGAAACACUGCCGGCACCAAAGAUAUCCACAUUUCCGUCGCCACCCACCUCAAAAAGUCGUUGGCCAAGAGGAAAUGGCGCAAGGCCUACAAUGCGACGGCCGCGAUACGACAGUUGCAGCUACGACUGUCGUCUGCUCGUAUUGCCCACUCCUAA